AUGUUGUCGAUCCUCCGAAAGGCCCGGUUGAAGGAUAAGGAGAUGCGGAUCCUGAUGCUAGGGCUGGACAAUGCGGGCAAAACUACCAUCGUCAAGAGGGUGAUGAACGAGGAUGUCAACACAGUCAGCCCGACGUUGGGGUUCAUCAUUAAAACCAUCGACUAUGAGGGAUACAAAUUAAAUAUAUGGGAUGUCGGCGGCCAGAAGACCCUCCGCUCGUACUGGCGUAACUACUUCGAGAAGACGGAUGCCCUCAUAUGGGUCGUGGACGCCACCGAUAGGCUGAGGAUCGACGACUGCCGGGAAGAGCUUCACGGACUGCUCCAGGAAGAGCGGCUUUCAGGCGCGAGCCUGCUGGUCUUUGCCAACAAGACGGACGUGCAAGGAUGCAUGGACGAGGCCGAGAUCCUCUCGGGGCUGCAGCUUCAGGCGAUCCGGACGCACCGAUGGCAUAUCCUGCGGUGUAGCGCGAUGACGGGAGAGAACCUCAAGGAAGGCUUGGCAUGGGUGGUCGAGGACGCGAAGGCGCGAUUGUUCUUGUAUUGACGAAGGGAACAUGAGCUCUGCCAACCCCCCGUCCCUGUCCGUACGUGCUCAAGAGGGCGGGGUCAAACAUAUACACACGAGCUUGAAUUUGAAAGAGUUUUUUGAUGGGAUGCAUGUCUCAGUGCGGUGGU